GUCGGAGGCUGGAGUCUGUUUUUGUUCUUCUAGCUGGUGACGUCAUCGGCUGUCUGAAUCCCAGAGAGACAGGCUGGCAGACUGCAGCACCUGCAUAGGGAGAGACACCGAGAGGCUGCAGUACCUGAAUACGGAGAGAUACCCGGUGUCAACCUGGAAAUAAGGAGCCAGACUGCAUCACCCUCCCACACACACAGCCAGAAAGGGACUUACAUUGCUUCCAGAAAAACAGACGGGCAUAGUGCAGCGCCUGCAUAGACAGAGGCAACGGGACAGUCUGCAGCAAAGAGACUGCAUCACCUGCACAAAGAGAGACAACCACAGGCAUAACGAGACAUAUUGCCUCACCUGGAGAGAGACUGGAGCAGAUGUGAAGAGGAACAAGCAGCCAGGGAGACUGCAGCUCGUUUAGAGAGAGAGGAAUAGACUGCAGCAUUUUAAGAGAGAGAAAGAAAGGGACUACAGCACCUGCAAUAAGAGACAAGCACUGACACAUAGAGACUGCUACAUUACUGAGUUAUUGGGAAUGAAACUGAAGAACCUUAUUUUUGUGUCUGAACCCAGAAAGUAAUUGUGGAACAUCUGACUGUAUCAGCAGCAAUGAGACAACCACUCAGGGAGAUCUACAGAUAAUUUAGGCUGAAUAAUCUGCACCUCUUCUGUAGUGUCUUUUAGACAAAAGACUGGUUACACCAUCUGCUCCUAGGCAGUCAAUGAUCACCUUUCUUUAUAGAUUGUACACAAAGGAAAGGGCAGCAGUGUUUAUAUUAUGAGGCCUUGUACAGAUGAGAAAUAUAAAUAUAAUCUAAUCUGUAGGGAGAUAACACAUAGAAUUCUGUGCCUGCAGAGAGAUACACUGAGAUAUUUUAUUACAGUGUAGAUACUAUUUGUAGGAGGAAAAAAAAAUAAUGACUAUAGAUUUACAAAUAUAUAUGGUAAUAUAGACUGUUGUAAUGGGAAGUAUAUUAGUGUAGCUAACAAAAAAUAAAUACUUAUAAAGGAAUAUUCAAAGAUUGAUACAGAAGGGAAGUUAUCUAAAGGCUCACUAGGAACCCGCAAUGAGGGACACAGCUAAAAGGAAUUCUACAGGAGAUCCCAGACAGUUGAUUCUUCUCAACAGCCAGAAAUCCUUUUUUAUUGCUAGGAUCUGAAAGACAUUUAAAGCUCCUUCAUUGUGUGAAACUCAGAUUUGCAAGAUGGUUUUGUUCAGACAACUGGGUCUUCUGCUGUGGAAGAAUUAUAUCCUUCAGAAAAGACAGGUACUGGUGACCAUAAUAGAGUUGGCUCUGCCUCUCGUUUUUUCUGCCAUUCUCAUUGCACUGAGGCAACGGGUCCAGUCUGUGACGUAUCCAAAUGCCACCUUUUACCGGAAUGUGCCCUUCCCCUCUCUGCCAAAUAUCUUCUACGUUAUGGGGCCCAUGCAGCUUGCAUUUAUACCGUCUUACAGUGAUGCCGUCCAAGAAAUCGCUGAGAAUGUAGAGCGAGCUCUUGGUAUCAGUAUUAAAGCCACAGGAUUUCCUACAGAAAAUGAAUUUGAGACUUACAUUCGACAUGACAACCAUUCAGGAAAUGUUCUUGCUGCAUUGGUAUUUCAACACAGUUUUAACCAAAGUGAUGACCCAUUGCCGCUAAAGGUUGAAUAUAAGCUGCGAUUUAAGUACAGCCCACGAAAUGCCCCUCUCAAUGAACAGACUGGUAUCAAUCCAAACAUGGACAGAGACUGGCACACAAGAUACCUCUUUCCACUCUUCCAAUUGCCUGGACCGCGUGAGCCAAAUGAUGCCACUGGGGGCACACCAGGGUACCAGCGUGAGGGCUUCUUGGCAGUGCAGCAUGCAGUGGAUCGCGCCAUCAUGCGUUAUCAUGCUAAUGACAGCGGACGGGAACUCUUGGACAAAAUCGAUGUGUCUCUACAGCGCUUUCCUUUCCCUUCCUAUGUCAGUGAUCUCUUUAUUUUGGCCAUACAGAACCAGCUCCCCUUACUCAUCAUGCUGAGCUUUACCUAUACCUCCUUGAGCAUCGUUCGCGCCCUCGUCUUUGAGAAGGAGAGGAAGCUGAAGGAAUACAUGCGUGUCAUGGGACUGAGUUCCUGGCUUCACUCUACUGCCUGGUUUAUCCAUUUUUUCCUCCUGUUGCUGGUGUCUGUGUUCUUUGUCACUUUACUGUUGUGUGUUCAGGUCAGUGGUCAGGGAGCUGUCCUCACACGCAGUGAUCCGACACUAAUAUUCUUCUACCUCAUGGUCUUUGCAAUCUCUACUAUCUCCUUCAGCUUCAUGAUCAGCAGCUUUUUCUCCAAAGCAAAUAUGGCAGCUGCAGCUGGGGGUUUCCUGUAUUUCUUCUCCUACAUCCCUUACUUCUUCAUCUCUCCGCGCUAUGAUAUGAUGACUCACAGUGAGAAGCUGGCAUCUUGCGUAUUAUCCAAUGUGGGCAUGGCCAUGGGAGCUCAACUCAUCGGAAUGUUUGAAGGAAAAGGCACAGGAGCACAGUGGUCCAACUUGUACACCCCAGUAAGUGUGGAUGAUAACUUCACAUUGGCUCAGGUUGUAGAGAUGCUGCUUCUGGACUCUGUUAUCUACUCCCUCAUUGGGUGGUACGUUGAGACGGUUGCCCCAGGGGAUUAUGGAGUACCUCAACCCUGGUAUUUCUGCAUCUUGCCUUCAUACUGGUGUGGGACUCCCCGCUUGGCAGAGGGUCUAGAAAAGGAGGAGGACGAGGAUCCUGAGAAAGCACUAAGGGGAGAAUUUUUGGAAGAAGAGCCAUUAGACUUGAUUCCAGGACUCCGUAUUAAACAUUUAACCAAGAUGUUCCGUGUGAAUGGUAAGAAUCGUGUUGCUGUCCGGGAUCUCACUUUGAACAUGUAUGAGGGACAAAUUACUGUGCUGCUGGGACACAAUGGGGCAGGCAAGAGUACAACCCUUUCCAUGCUGACAGGCCUCUUGCCUCCCUCAUCAGGAGAGUGUUACAUCAGUGGCUAUGAGAUCUCACGGGACACUGCACUAAUCCGUCGUAGUUUGGGUCUUUGUCCCCAACAUGACGUCCUGUUUCAGGGUCUCACUGUGGAGGAACACCUUUACUUCUAUUCUGGGUUAAAGGGAUGCCCGUCCUCGACUUGUGCUGAAGAAGUUGAGAAAAUGCUGCAAAUCCUAAGGUUGGAGGAAAAACGCCAUGCUUUGAGUAACCAGCUGUCUGGCGGCACCUGUCGCAAACUUUCGAUUGGUAUUGCCUUGAUUGGAGGAUCUAAGGUUGUGAUGCUGGAUGAGCCCACCUCAGGGAUGGAUCCAGCAUCUCGUAGAGACACAUGGGAGCUUCUGAGACAGCACAAGCAGGAUCGAACCAUUCUGCUUACUACGCAUUUCAUGGAUGAGGCAGAUCUGCUGGGUGAUAGAAUUGCUAUCUUGGCACAGGGCCAACUGCAAUGCUGUGGGUCCUCGUUGUUCCUAAAACGCAAAUAUGGUGCUGGGUAUCAUAUGGUUAUGGUGAAGGAACCUCACUGCCAAGUGGAAGACAUUACAGAACUCAUCACUAAUUAUGUGCCCAAUGCCACCCUUGAGAGCAACGCUGGAGCAGAGUUAUCUUAUAUCCUCCCUAAGGAAAGCACCCACAGAUUUGAACCGCUGUUUACAGAGCUAGAGCUGCGUCGUGGGGAGUUGGGUAUUGCGAGUUAUGGGGCAUCAGUUACAACUAUGGAAGAAGUUUUCUUACGGGUAGGAAAACUGGUAGACACUAGCCUGGAUAUUCAGGCCAUCCAGUUGCCGGCUCUUCAGUACCAGCAUGAACGGCGUGCCAAUGACUGGGGGGCUGAGGAAUCCUGUUCCAUGAGCGACUGCACAGAAGACAGUGGCGUUCUGAUUACAGAGGAUUGCUCCAAUAUCAAGCUAAAUGGAGGGUUCUCCUUGUGGUGCCAGCAGUUCUAUGCCUUGUUUGUGAAGCGAGCUGCCUACAGUUGGCGAAAUUGGAAGAUGGCAGUGGGGCAGUUCCUGGUACCCCUUGUCUUCACUAGUUUAGCACUGGUCGUAGGGAAAACCUUCCCUGGCCCACAGGACUCCCCUGCUCUUGAACUUAGUCUCUCACCAUACGGACACACCAGGGUACCUUACUCCCUUUCAGUCAAUGCCACAGAUAUUAUACAGACCCUGGCACAGAACUUCAGAGAUCAGCUACCAGGACAACUAGCAGAACCCCAGGAAGUGCUAGAAAAUCUUGACGAUUACCUCCUGGAGCAGGCCUCAGAAGAGGGGGGUCUGUUUGCUGAACACUGUGUCUGUGCUGCCGAGCUAUUUACAUAUGGAUCUCGUAUCAAUGUCAAAGCACGAUUCAAUAACCAGGCCUUUCACGCUGCUGCCACUGCCCUCUCCCUGGUAGAUAAUGCUCUGUUUCGCAUGGUGGCAGGGCCAGAAGCUUCCAUCUCUGUCACCAACUACCCACAACCAAGAAACACCACAGAGACCGCAAAGGACCAGCUCUUAGAGGGUCAGACAGGGUUUGCUAUUGCUAUUAACCUGUUGUAUGGGAUGGCGUCUCUGGCGAGCACCUUUUCACUGCUGCUUGUUGGUGAGCGAGCUGUGAAGUCGAAACACGUGCAGUUUGUGAGCGGAGCCUCCGCCCUAAGCUACUGGCUGUCAGCACUAACCUGGGACCUCCUCAACUUCCUAAUUCCAUGUGCAUUUAUGCUGGUGGUGUUCCAGGCCUUUGGGGUGAGCGCGUACACAAAGGAGAAUCAUCUUGUGGAUGUGAUGCUGAUGCUGCUUCUUUAUGGGUGGGCUGUCAUCCCUCUCAUGUACCUGCUCAGCUUUAUGUUCACCUCUACUGCCACAGCCUACACCCGUCUCACCAUCUUCAACAUUCUAUCGGGCACUGCCAGCUUCUUAUCUGUCACCAUCAUGAGCAUCCCGGCCCUUGGCCUGGUGGAUCUCUCUCACACACUGGACCUUGUCUUCCUGGUGCUACCCAAUUACUGUUUGGGACGAUCGUUCAGUGACUUCUAUCAGAAUUAUCACUUCCUGAAGUUCUGUCAUUCAUCGUUCAUGGCAGAGGCCGUAUGCUUUGCAAUGAAUAUCACAUUUCAGGAAAAUUACUUUGCAUGGUCGCACCCUGGGGUGGGCCGGUACCUGACUACUAUGGCUGCUCAGGGUUUGGCCUUCCUCUGUCUCCUGUUCCUCAUCGAGAGCCGGAUCCUCUGCCGCCUUUACAAUCUCUGCUGCUGCUUCAGGCGACAUCAUUGGUCUAAUCUUGUGGAAUCCCCGGUUACACCGCCAGAAGAUCGUGAUGUGGCAGACGAGAGGAAAAAGGUUCUGGAGUCCCCACCAGAGCAGCUGUCCAAUCUCAGUAGCCCUCUGAUAAUCAGAGAACUAAGCAAGGUGUAUGGACGACGUGCUUUGGUCCUAGCAGUUGAUCGCAUGUCCCUGGCAGUCAGCCGUGGGGAGUGCUUUGGUUUGCUGGGGUUCAAUGGUGCUGGUAAGACGACCACAUUUCGCAUGCUGACGGGAGAUGAGAGUGUUAGCUCUGGUGACGCUUACAUUGAUGGAUACAGCAUUUUGCACCAAAUCAAGAAGGUACAGCAGAGGAUUGGUUACUGUCCACAGUUUGAUCCAUUGUUGGACCACAUGACGGGACGUGAAACACUUUGCAUGUAUGCCCGUCUACGUGGUGUCCCUGAGGCAUAUGUCAACAGCUGCGUAGAGAAUAUGCUGCGGGGUCUAUUACUUGAAGCCCAUGCCAACAAAUUGGUGCGAGCAUACAGUGGGGGGAACAAGAGGAAACUGAGUGCUGGUAUUGCUUUGAUUGGGGGACCUCCAGUUAUCUUCAUGGAUGAGCCAUCAACUGGUAUGGACCCCGUGGCCAGAAGAUUACUGUGGGAUGCAGUGACUAGGACACGAGAGAGUGGAAAGGCUGUGAUCAUCACAUCCCACAGUAUGGAAGAGUGUGAAGCUCUCUGUACUCGCCUUGCCAUCAUGGUGAAUGGGCAGCUCAAGUGCCUUGGGAGCCCCCAGCAUCUUAAAGGGAAGUUCGGCAGUGGGUACACCUUGUUGGCCAAGACCUCCAAAGGGGGAGAAGAGUUGAAAGCCUUCAAGGAAUUCGUAGAAGUCAUAUUCCCAGGUAGCAUACUAAAGCACGAGCAUCAGGGAAUGGUGCACUACCAUUUAACAAGCCAGGAGCUAAGCUGGGCACAGGUUUUUGGAAUAUUAGAAAAGGCCAAGGAGAAGUUUGAGUUGGAGGAUUAUUGCGUGAGCCAGAUCUCUCUGGAGCAGGUCUUUCUGAGCUUCAGCCACUUUCAGCAGGAACCUGAAGAAGGCUUUGUAUAGGCGUCCUGCCACACAGAUGGGGCACAUGCUCCAGGAAUCCAGCAAGACCUCUUCCAACAUGAAUUCAGAAAGGCUGAUAUUUAUUCAGACUAAUAACAGAUGAUAGAUGACGUGAAGUCUCUUCUUCUGAGUGACUUUCUAAUCCUAGAACAAAUAACAGAGACAUUGUGUCCAUACUGAGCUGUUUUCUCUCCUGACAUAUCUACCCAGGCUGCUUCUGGCAUCUGUAGGAAGCCAAGGAGAGGACCUUCUUCCACGGUUCCAUUUGGUUUUCUUUGUUUGUGUCCCUUUGUCUUACCAUUUCAUUGAGAAACUGAGAUCUCCGUCCAGACUGCUUCAUUCCGCAAACUUUAAGAAGAGACAAAUACCUGUCUCAUAACUAUGCCACUGAGAGUUUUGGACCAAGACUAUGUUUUGUAUUGAUGUGUACGCAUUUAUUCUGUGCUGUUGAUGGUUGUCCUGUGUGAGGUUAUAAUGAUGGUAACUAAACUCCUGCAGUGCCUCCUAUUAGUGUUUAUAUUAUAUAUAAAUCUGCCCUCAAGUGUGUUUUGGGAUACGUGAAUAGGUCUUUUAGGUCUAAGUGUGCAUUUUCUUUAUGACAUCAAACUUAACCAUUUCUAUGCCAAAAAUUUGUGGCAAAGCUACACCACUUAAAUAACGGUGAAGCCAUUAUUAUUUAUAGCAUAGGUCAAUGGUUUAAGCGAUAUUAAAUUAAUACGUUUUCUAACACUUUAAGCAGAGAGGAGAGGCAGUUGUCUCAAGAAAGAACUAUGAAGAAAUACUAAAUUUGAAACUAUAUUAAAUGGGUUACGUGGCACUGUUGUUCUGAUAUCACGUAAAGAAGUUACCAACCGCAGCAGUGCCUUACAGUCUUACCUGGAACCCCAAAUAGACACUAGAAACUUAGCGGUGUGGGGUGCAGCUGCAUUUGAUGGAGUUUAAAUAUUAUUUAAAUAGAAUGUAUUCUAUAUAUGGGCACUUUGUGUGCAAUCUUGACUGAUCAGAUACUUGCAGGGUCUGUCUGCCUUGUUGCAAAGAUUUUCUAAAGCUUGUACUCUCAAGAGUGGGAAUACACUGGCAGGGCAGUGCAAGAUUGUUUUUCUCUCCGUCCUAUGAACACCGCACUGAUUCUCUAAUCAGAUGUUUGAUUGUACAGACUUAAUAAAUCAUAUUUAUGCUGCUCUUUUAAAAGA